AUGCGACGCCCUGGACAUACGGAUAACAAGAACGAUGUCUCGGCGCUGGCCGUCGAGAUGGUGGAAUAUCCUAAUCAGACAAACUUUAAUGGGAACAGGGAAAAACCUCUACCUCCAAACCCGAUCCUUGACCUCCCAAACGACGCCUAUCACAUGUUGGAUGAUGAUGACUCCCUGGGAAAGAGCCCUCUUGCCGAAGAGGAUGUCCCCUUUGCCCACCUCCCUCAUGAAGAAAAGCGUAUACUCAAGAGUCAGUUGGAUCAACCGGCGCCCAAUGUUUCCCUUUUUGGUCUUUAUAAGUUCGCUUCUCGGCGCGACAUGAUUAUCGUGGUUAUCAGCACCAUCUGCGCAACUCUCGCUGGUGUUUCUCAGCCCUUGUUUAUGGUCAUUUUCGGUUCGAUGACAUCCAACUUCUCAGAUGUUGCAAAUGGCCUUAUGAGUAAAGAAGCCUUCGAGCGGGAGCUCAAUCGCAAUGUCAUUUAUUAUGUACUAUUGGGGAUUGGCGAGUUUGUCACAGUCUAUAUCAGUAUGGUCGGCUUCAUGCACACCGGCGAGCACAUCACUCAAACGAUCCGCGAAAACUACCUCCAGGCUAUCCUGCGACAGAACAUUGGUUACUUCGACAAGCAAGGAACCGGAGAAAUCACAACCCGUAUCACGGCCGAUACAAAUCUCAUCCAAGAAGGGUUAUCCGAGAAAGUCGGGCUGACAAUCACAGCCAUUUCCACUUUCACCACCGCAUUCAUUGUUGCUUACGCCAAAUAUGCGAGGUUGGCUGGUAUCUGCACUUCAACCGUGGUCGCUAUUGUGUUACUGAUGGGUGUUGGAUCUCGCUUCAUCGUGAAGUACAGCAAACUCUCAUUAGAUUGCUAUAGUGUGGGUGGAACCAUCGCCGAAGAAGUUAUUAGCUCGAUCCGUAAUGCCACCGCAUUCGGUACACAAGACAAGCUUGCGCGACAAUAUGAGAGACACUUGGAAAUGGCUGAACGAUGGGGAAUGCGCCUGCAGAUGGCAGUGGGUGUUUUGAUAGCGGCACUUUUUUCCAUGAUGUUCUUGAACUACGGUCUUGGGUUCUGGAUGGGCUCGCAGUUCCUAGUCGAGGGAAAGAUCGAGAUUGGGAACGUUCUCACCAUUCUUAUGUGCAUCUUGAUGGGAUCUCUGAGUUUGAGUAACAUAGGACCCAACGCCCAAGCCUUCACCAAUGCUGUGGCUGCUGCGACUAAGAUCUUUGGCACUAUCGAACGCGCCUCUCCCAUAAACUCGGCCUCCAGCGAAGGCAUCAUUCUUCCACAAAUCAAAGGAGAUAUUUGCUUUGAUAAAGUGAAGCAUGUCUAUCCCUCUCGCCCGGAUGUGACCGUGUUGAAGAAACUGAGUCUUGAAUGCCGCUCUGGCACGGUCACUGCGUUGGUUGGGCCUUCUGGCUCUGGAAAGUCUACGGCAGUGGGCCUGAUUGAGCGAUUCUACCUGCCAGUAAGUGGCACAGUCUCUCUAGAUGGUCAUGAUCUCCGAACCCUCAACUUGAAAUGGCUGCGUCAACAAAUUUCACUGGUCAGCCAAGAGCCGAUCCUCUUUGGAACCAGCAUCAGGGAAAACAUUCGCUACGGACUCGUUGGCACAGCACAUGAACAUAAGGAUGAAUGGAAGAUUCAAGAAUUGAUCGAAGACGCAGCCUGUAUGGCGAACGCCCACGAUUUUAUCAUCGCUCUCCCUGAUGGUUACGACACGAACGUUGGUCAGAGUGGAUUUUUGUUGUCCGGUGGUCAGAAACAGCGUAUCGCUAUUGCGCGUGCUGUUGUUUCUGACCCCAAGAUCCUCUUGCUUGACGAGGCUACCUCUGCUCUUGACACCAAAUCCGAAGGUGUUGUACAAGCAGCUCUUGACAAGGCAGCCGAGGGACGUACUACUAUUGUUAUCGCGCAUCGACUAUCGACCAUCAAGAACGCAGACAAUAUCGUGGUGUUUGCUAGGGGCGAGAUUAAGGAACAGGGAACCCACACAGAGCUUCUUUGUAUGAAGGGCCAAUAUCACCGGUUGGUCGAGGCACAAUACAUCGCCCAAUCCCACAAAGACGAGGAAAGAAAUCCCGAUAUGCCAAUACGCCAAACCACAGUAUCUAAGCGUAUCAAGUCUAUGUGGCGUGGAUCAAUGGCUGAUCCAGCUUCUAUGUUUCGUCGCGGCUCCGUGGCUCAUAGCAUGUUCCGCCGUGCCUCUUUAGCUCAUAAUGGCAAAGGCAAAGUUGUGCGACCUCACUCGAUGUUCAAUCCUGCAAUGCGUGGCUCGUGGAAUCGUGGCUCAAUGAUGCGUCCUCCUACUCCUUCAUCCAACAAUAACUCGCGUGCUACAAUGUUGCUCCGGCCAGAGGACUUUGCUGCGCUCGGAAUCUUCUCACAGGAUGUCUCCAACACUAUGGAUGCAAUCCCCCAAGUCGACCCCACCGAAUACCUACGCCGCAGUUUCAUGCGACUCGAACCCGAGGAUGAUCGCGGAUCUGUAUCAAGCUUCAUUCUUGCUGAAGAGGAACCAGAGAAGCCUGAAAAAUACUCACUCUCUUCACUUAUCAAGUUCAUUCUUGGAUUCAACGCCAAACAGUGGAAGAUAUUAGGAGUUGGCUUUAUCUUCUCAAUUCUUGCUGGAUGCGGUCAGCCCACACAGGCUUUCCUUUAUUCUCGGGCAAUUGCAUCCAUGUCUUUACCUUCAAGCGAAUACACUAAGCUCCGUUCCGAGGUCAACUUCUGGUCAGGAAUUUUCCUGUUGACUGGGGUCAUACAAUUUUUCACAGCAGCAACCAUGGGUAUCGCCUUUGCAUACUGUUCUGAGCGGUUGAUUCGCAAUGCUCGAAGCAAGGCUUUCCGCGCAAUUCUUCGACAGGACAUCAAUUUCUUCGAUCGUGAGGAGAACAGCGUUGGUGCCUUGACUUCUUUUCUGUCAACUCAAACCAAAGCCCUUGCUGGAAUCAGUGGACAAACACUGGGAACCAUCAUGUCCUGUAUUACUACCCUUGUUGCUUCUCUUACAAUUGCCCUUGCAUUUGGUUGGAAAUUAUCGCUGGUCGUCAUGUGUGGCGUUCCUAUCUUACUAGGCUGUGGCUUCUACCGUUAUGAGAUGCUUGCUAGAUUCCAAAGCCGCUCCAAGGACGCCUACCAAGAGUCAGCUGCUUAUGCCUGCGAAGCUACUUCUGCUAUUCGUACCGUGGCGGCCCUUACAAGGGAGGCUGACGUGGCUGAGAGAUUCCACCAGCAGCUGGAAGCUCAGACGUACAGGAGUCUCAUUGCUGUUGCCAAAUCUUCGACUAUGUAUGCCGCCUCCAUGGCUAUGGUGUUCUUCUGCGUGGCACUUGGAUUUUGGUGGGGCGGUACUCUCGUUGCAAACGGGGAGAUGAAUACUCUCCGAUUCUUCAUCUGUUUCACUGAGGUCCUAUUUGGUGCUCAAUCGGCUGGUACUGUCUUCUCUUUCUCUGGGGAUAUGGGGAAAGCCAAGAACGCGGCUAUUCAGACUCGUAUCCUGCUAGAGCGCGAGCCUCCAAUUGACACCUGGUCGGAAAGAGGUGAGCGUGUCUGGAAGAUGGAAGGCGAAGUCGAGUUCCGAGAUGUUCACUUCCGUUAUCCUACUCGCCCCCAGCAGCCUGUUCUCCGUGGUCUUGAUCUCACGAUCAAGCCUGGCCAAUACGUCGCUUUGGUUGGUCCAAGUGGGUGUGGGAAGAGCACGACUAUCUCCCUAUUGGAGCGCUUCUAUGAUUGCUUAGACGGAGGUAUCUUUGUUGACGGCCGGAAUAUUGUCGAUUUGAACAUCAACUCUUAUCGUGAGCACAUCGCUCUGGUUAGCCAGGAGCCCACUCUUUAUCAGGGCACUAUCAAGGACAAUCUUCUGCUUGGAGUUGAGUCGCGUGAUAUCACGGAUGCAGAGAUUGAGAAGGCCUGCCAGGACGCCAAUAUCUACGACUUCAUCAUCUCUUUGCCUGAUGGCUUCAACACUGUCGUCGGUACCAAGGGAGGCAUGUUAUCAGGUGGUCAAAAACAGCGUGUAGCUAUUGCUCGCGCUCUUCUCCGUCGACCGAAGAUUCUCCUCCUAGACGAAGCGACUUCAGCCUUGGACUCGGAGUCCGAGAAAAUAGUUCAGACGGCAUUGGACUCAGCUGCCAAAGGUCGUACUACCAUUGCUGUUGCUCACAGGCUGAGUACCAUCCAAAAGGCAGAUCUCAUAUACGUGUUUGAAGCAGGCAGGAUUGUUGAAGCGGGUAAUCACACCGAACUCAUGAGGAGGAGAGGCCGGUACUUUGAACUGGUCAGCCUACAGAAUUUGGAUGCGAGUGCUUGA